UAAUGUUUUUGAUGAUCUAAACGUGAACUAAAACGGUUGCCGUAGAUUUUUGAGUGGCGUCUGACGCGUCUGACGCACCAGCGCAGAAGGAGCAGAGAACUUUAGCUGGUCAAGAUGGCGACCUCGGAGCCGGUAAGGGAGAUUGAGAAAGCAGCGGAAUCUGAAGAACCCCAAACGGACGCCCCCGCACCCGUGGUUGCAGGUUCUGAGCAGUACAUCAAGCACCCCUUGCAAAACAAGUGGGCUUUGUGGUAUUUCAAAAACGACAAGAGCAAAAGCUGGACAGAGAACUUGCGUCUCAUCGCCAAGUUUGACACCGUGGAGGACUUCUGGGCAUUAUAUAACCAUAUACAGCAACCCAGCAAACUUGGCUUUGGCUGUGAUUACUGCUUAUUCAAGGAUGGCAUCAAGCCUAUGUGGGAGGAUGACAGGAACAAGCUGGGGGGCCGGUGGUUGAUGACCCUUAGUAAACAGCAGAGACACAACGACCUGGACCGCUACUGGAUGGAGACGCUCCUUUGUUUGAUUGGAGAGUCAUUCGACGAGGCCAGUGAAGACGUGUGCGGAGCUGUGGUCAAUGUCAGGCCAAAGGGCGAUAAAAUUGCCAUCUGGACUGGCAACUGUCAAAACAGGGAAGCCAUCGUUACGAUAGGGCAACAGUACAAAGAACGACUGAACGUCCCCAGCAAAGCCUUGAUUGGCUACCAGUCACAUGAUGAUACCUCCAGCAAGAGUGGUUCCACCACCAAGAACUUGUACUCAGUUUGAAGAUGCUCCAUUUCAACUUGCCGUAGAUUUAAACAAUUACCAACCCGCAUCAGCACAUUAAUAACUUUUUGAGUUGUAAACUACUGUAGAGUCCUUCCUUUUUACAGAAAAGAGUGAACUGUUAUGUAAAUGAUAUGUUGUGUAAAGAGAAGAGCUCCACAACUUCAGGGGAACAAUCCCCAUGCCGCAUAGUCCUUAGGGUACUGAUCAGAGGAGGAUGUGUUCAGUGGAUCUGUUCGAUUUGAACUAGUGAAAGUGAAUGAGUUAUUUUAGAAGUGGACAGUGUUUCCCCUAGUGUUGCUGAUGAAAAGGCUGUUCAAGGAUUUGUUUGUUGGGAGUGAGGUGGGGAUGGGGGGAAAACCCCUUGUCGUUUUGGCACACAGCGUUCUCACUCCUUACUAAAAUAAUUUCUUGCCACCCAGGAUAAUGCGAUACAAGGCAUCCUUUUCACUAACUCAGCAAAUUUUAAGGGCAGUUUUAACUCAUUAGUUGGAGGUGUUUCGCAUGACAAAGUAUUGCAGAUGCGCCUGCAGAUAGACUACAGUGUCUUAAGUUUGUAAAAGAUUAGCUGUGGUCUCACUCCUAAGGGUGGGAUUUGAGGGGGGGGGGGAGGCCACUUAUUGUUUCAGCCAUGCUGAAAUUGUGUAUUCUUGCUUGUAGUACUAUUUUGAAAUUGUCUUUUCUCCCCCUUAUUACAUUUAUUUAUGAAAUAUGCAUUGCUGUUGAACUAUUUAGUUGAAAGACAACCAUGACAUUUAAGUUUCCCUCAUUUUGUUCCUUUUUAUAAUUUUUUGUUGAGGUUAACAAAUGUGGACUACUGCUUAAUAUAGAAGUGUUUUUCUUUUCUUCUUUUUUUUUUUUACAGUGUAUCAUCCAGUAACAAUGCUUGGACAGAUUUAGGUGUGCUUCUCACUGUUUUCUUCCUAACAAAACUGUAGAUAUUUCACACUUCUCUCCAAGUGGAUGCAAAAGAGGUGAUACUCAUUGUGAAAUUAUUUUGCUCAUAAUGUAUCUUUACUAUCUGUAAUUCCAGGAUGUAUAUUACCUUCUUUCAAGUAAAGGUUAAGUGCUUUGCAUUAAACCCAAACCAUGCGCUCGUU